UGACAGGUUAUUUAUUACUGAUAACGUCAUCUCAUCUCGGUUUUCUCCAGAACUUUAGCGGUUUGGUUUUGUGGAAUAUAUAGUUGAGUCUUGCGUUUUAUUUUUUACACAAAAGUCUUUCAGAUUUAAAUAAUCCGACACCCUAUCGCUGCUUUCGUAAUAGCCAAAAGUAACAAUGGCACAAUUCCAGUCGCCUAUGCCUAGUAGAGAAUUCCUAUGGGAUAUUUUCAGAAGAGUUGACAAAGAUCGUAGCGGCUACAUCUCAGCGGAUGAAUUACAACAAGCACUAUCUAAUGGUACCUGGAACCCUUUCAACCCAGAGACAGUCCGUCUUAUGAUAGGUAUGUUUGAUAAGCAAAAUAGAGGAGUCAUAUCUUUUGAAGAUUUUGGAGCUCUGUGGAAAUAUGUGACGGACUGGCAGAACUGUUUUCGUUCAUUUGAUCGAGACAAUUCUGGCAACAUUGACAAGAAUGAGCUAAAGAGUGCACUGACUGCGUUUGGCUACCGAUUAUCAGACGAAAUUGUCACCAUUAUGGUUCAGAAGUUCGACAGAUAUGGACGUAGCACUAUUCUGUUUGAUGACUUCAUUCAGUGCUGUGUUACAUUAUAUAUGCUAACAUCAGCUUUCCGACAAUACGACACGGAUCAAGACGGCGUGAUCACCAUACAUUACGAGCAGUUUCUGAAAAUGGUGUUUGGACUUAAGUGUUGGCCGUAAGCAGCAGUACCUCCUUCGUUCUACAGAAAGGUUUGGGAUAUUUUCUACUGUUACUAAACUUACACUUGUAUUUUAAGAUGUUUACAACUCUUUUUCCACUCGACUCGGCCUCGCCUGAGUAUUUUGGUAUUUUAAGAUUAAAUUUACAUCCUCGACUUGAGGACUUUACUCACUGGAGUCGAGCAUAACCAUACUGCCAACAAAAUAACACGAAAUUAAUAACGUCAUGCCAUAUUGGAGUAAAUUCGAGUUAAGGUUGAGGCGCUCUCUAAGAAUACAGAUUUGCUGAGUUCGAGGAAGACCUUGAGAAAGGUUCGAGUCAACAUUCUAGAAUACGGGUGUUAAUAUUGGGUGAAAUCGAAAACAUCAGCGGUCUUUAUAAAAAGCUAAGUUCUACGUCAAGUACGCCAACUUUGCCACCCAUGGUAACAUUGUCCACAAAG